AUGGCUGCGACAAGGCCUGUUCGGCCGAAACCCCUGGACUGGCUGGCUCCCUCACAUUUGGAUGUGUUUAUUCGCAAUUUGAAGCUUUUGUAUCUGGAUCAACGCGAGGAUUGGCCCGGUAUAUCUCUCCGCGCCUUGACCCUGACAUCACAGAACCAACGACACCGAAUCCGACUAAUAGAAUGGGCCUUGUACCAUCUUUACACUGUUUGGGAUCCGGAGACCGCCCAAAACAAACUCCGACCCUUCUUCCCCCCGUUAGAGCCUCUACAAUCUGUCAACCUCCGCGCGGCCUUGUUUCGGUGCCUAGGUGAAUUGAAGAAGAAUGGCGAUCUAGGAAGAGAGAUAGUCCUCCGCAAAACCAUGCUAGAUGAUUGCAAAGGCGAUAAAUUCGAGGAGCUGCUCGCUGGCUUCUCCACUGCCGUUCUCCGUAAAGUUGUGGCGCUGUCCGCGGACGAGACGCCUUUGAAUCCUGCGAUGAAACUUUCGACUACUACGGCCAUGACUCUAACCGACUAUCAGAAUCUCCUGCCACUUAUUCUUGCCCACCAAGUAUCUCUCGGUUCUGCAGGAGAACGCCAUGCCCGAAUUCGAGAAGCGUGUGAUCGGUUCUCACAGCUGCUAGACGAUAAAAAGGUCGAGCUGACUGAACGUGCAAAUCAAGAAUCAGUUGGUUUCGUGGAUGAUAUGCACAGUAAGCCCGAGAGCUUGGUGCGCGAGUUACAAACAAAUUGGCUGGGCAGCGACGAAUGGGCCACUGCACUGCUCGAAGGCGGAUCGCAAAGCAGUACCGAUGCUUUUCUGGAACUCCCUUUCUCGACGGCAUGGAUGCGGGCAAAGGACUCGAAUGUAGACAGUUUCAGCGGUGGGUUGAAGCAGGACCUGGUCCUUGAUUUGGAGGCUCGUGUUCUACUCCAACGAAGUCGACUACACAAGUGGCAUGAAUACAAUAAGUCCCUCUCAAGGGAAAGAGGCAUCGACGAAAUUAGCACAUCCUCGCCCAAAGAACCACGUGUUUUAUUCCGGGAUCACCAGUCUCUCACAGUUGCUAGUAUAUCAAAAGCCGUUCGCCAGCCCGGAGAUCGCGGGCGGACUCUGAAAGGGCCCGAGAAAUAUCUACUAUCCUCUGUGAAUGAGGCUCUAUCCCGUAUCAACGGCAAAUCCCGCGUCAAGCCUGCAAUUUUUACGCCGGAGGUCAAAACGAGCAGCAAACAGCAUUUCAAAACAUCGGAGAUUGUUAGCUCACCAUCAACAGUGGCAGAAGACCAUCAUGCCCCAGGUCAUCCACCGGAUUUGGAAACCUCAGAGCUAUAUCCAGAGCCCAAGCCGCAUCCAGAAUCAGAGCAUAUCCGAUCCUCGCCCCCAAUCGUCCGGCUCCCCCCAGACCUCCCCUCAUCAGAUGAGGAACCAGCUCCAGAACCCAUCAAGCGCACCCACACAUUAGCCGAGCGCACGCGCAGGUCAAUGUCUCUCCUACCACCCGUGGCCCAGGAAGCACCACGGCCACGCCGCAGACCCCGCCCGUCCUUCCCGGUCAACCAGUUCGUGACGCCGCGGAAGACCUCCGCGCACUCAGCUCAUUCGAGGGAUGAGAUUUCACGUGCUUCGACGCCGCAAGAUAAGCUCUUUGAGGAAGAUGCUGAGUACGCGAGUGUCUUUAAGUCGCGGCCGCGUGUGGCGCUCAGUCCUAUCUCGUCGCCGGCUGUACAUGUCAGUCCCUCUUUUGAAGAAGAGAGUUUUGAAUUGGAUUAUGAAGAUGGAAAUGAGAGUGAAGGUUUUGAGUGGGGGGAUGUCGAUUCGCCUUUGGCUGCUCCACGGCUGAGGGACUAG